UCCAUGAAUAUUAGAUACGCUUCCUCCUAUAAAAGUUGAUAGCAUGAUGGAAAACCUUACAAAUAGUUUCUGAAUUGUAACUACAGCACAAGCUUAUUAUUUUUUAGAUAAAAAUACAUGUUGUGUAUAUGUUGUGCUGCAAAGGAUAAUGCUUUUUUUUUUUUUUAGGGAUUUGCUGUACCAGCUAAAGGUUCUUUAUAACUGUGCUCUUUAGAAAUCAGUGAAUGUGGACUCCUCAGCAUAAACAUGGCAGGGGACAUUGUAGUCGGGAUUCUCUAUAAUGUUGCAUUACCACUAGUUUUACUAACAGCUAUAGGUUUUCGAUACAAUGGACUUUCCGUGGUGUAUCUGCUGUUUCUGUUGUCUGUACCUCUCCUACCAAGCCCCUCUCUGUCUUCCAUGAAGGGAAAGACAGGCCAGUUUCUCCUGAGUGUUUGCUCCACAGCUGUAACAUUUCUGGCUUUACAGUGUGGAAUACAGAUCACCUUCGCAUACAUUCCGAAAGAAAUGAGUGGGCCAUUGGACAAUGUCCUCUUUCAUCUUGGAAUUGUGAGAUUCAAUGAUGUGGAUGCUGGCAACAUAAUACGUCUCCUGAUGCCAGAUUUUAGUUUGUUCCUGUCAUCAUUAUUCAUCCGGAAGUUGUGUAACAAGCUACUGAGACCACCUACCAAUCUCCAAGAGCAAAAAAGUCAACAAUCUGAAACUGAGGAAGCAUCUGAAACAUCUGAAUCAGAGUAUGAAGAGGAGAGUGAGGCAUCAUCUACAGAAAGUUCUGAGGAGAUUAAAGCACCCCCAGCAGGGCCUCCUCAGUUUGUGCAGAAACUAAUUGUCUUUGCAGCUGGUCUAAGACUACUGCUCUCCACUAUGAUGAACACUGCUGGAAAAGUGAUAGUGACCAUCCUGCUGGGGCUUGCAGGUAUAGCACUACCCUCCUUGACAUCAGCAUUAUAUUUCGGGUGCUUCCUGAGUCUUGUAUGGUGUUGGAUACUGGGCUACUCUAUUGAUCUGCUCCAUUUCAGCACAUUGUGUAUAAUGAUGACUAUAUUUAGUGGUGGACACAUCCUGGUCCUCUACCUCUAUCAGCUACCUCUAUUUCAGCAACUCAUACCUCCUGAGGACAUUUAUGCAAGGCUGUUUGGCAUGACUGCGUUCAUCCACACAAACUCAUCAGAGCCAUAUAGUCUAGGCCUGCAUCCAGAUAUGAGCUGGCCUAUGAUAAUAAACCCUCUGUUACUGCUAGUACUCUACUACACACUGGUGGCUCUUCUACAAAAAUGGGCUCUCACAGCUACAGAGAUAUGGAGCAUCACUUACAAUUCCUGGCUUACAUUUGCAUUGUUGGUGUGGUCCUGUGUUAUCUGGAUGUCAAGGCGCCGACGGGAGUACACCAUGAUCAGCGCUCCGUUUCUUGCUGUUUAUUGUACGCUGCUGUUGGUGGCUGGCUUUAUUAGUGCUUUCCGUCUCCAUCAUAGUGAACUUUUCCCUGCUCUCCCCAAAGCUGUUCUGGUUGAUUUUGAUCUCUACACUUAUCACACACCUUGCCUUCACCUGGGAGCAAAGAUGAUUUAUGCAUUUAGUUUCUGGAUGUUGCUACGACAACAGUUAAUUGAGAAACAAGAAGAGCAACAGCUGAAAGAAGAGAGUCUUCAUGAGGUCAAAAGCAUAGCUGAUAAAACUGAAUCAUCCAGCAUGGUGAAUAGAAUAGGAGCAUUUCUUAAAGGGAUUCUGGUGAAGUACUGGAUUGUCUGCUGCUGCUCCAUGUUUUUUGUCAUCAGUUUCUCUGGGAAGGUGGUUGUCUACAAAAUCCUUUACAUCUGUUUGUUCCUCUUCUGUAUGGUUCUCUAUCAGGUCCGGUAUGACAUAUGGAGGCAUGUUCUGAAGUACUUCUGGGCUGUGGUGGUCGGUUAUUCCAUGCUGGUUUUGAUUCUAAUUUACAUGUACCAGUUUAAGACUGUUUCAGGCCUGUUUCGUCAAAUCAUAGGCAUGUCAGAAGAGGGACUGCGUGAUCUGGGCCUGGAACAAUAUGACACAGUAGAGUUAUUUGCACAGAUUUUACUUCCUGCUGCCUUCCUACUGGCCUGCAUCCUACAAUUGCACUACUUUAACUGCGACUUUCUCACUCUCACCGACCUACAGAACGUACCUGUGUGUGAUGGUACAUCCAAAGAAGAAGAACUGAGAGAGACACUGAACACGAUAUCAGACAUGGUAAAAGAAAACAUUGAAAAAAUCCAAAACCGGCUGGUAAAGGAGCAGCUGAGUGCAGAGGGGGAUGAUCUGUUGGGCAGCUUAGAACUGAAUUCCUCAUCAGUUAAGGACGAAGAAGAAGAGACAGAACAAAAAGAAUCAACAUUAAACAAAUGGUUUUUAGUGGUGGAUCGGAUAAGGGUGUUCACACUACAUGCUCUGCUGUGGUUGACUAAGGGUCAAGAGUUUUGCUGGAGAUUGCUAGAGCUCCAUAGCCUCAAGCUUGUUGCUGCAGGCAUCAUCUGGGUUAGCCUAAAAGAAGUGUCUCUGAUGAAUUUUGUGUUCCUGGCAUCAUGGUCAUUUGCUGUCCCAUAUGCGAGACUGCGGCCAAUGGCCUCCACUGUGUCCUCUGUCUGGGCCUGCGUGAUGGUUGUGUGUAAAAUGAUGUAUCAGUUGAAAUUCAUCAAACCAACAGAGUUUUCUGUUAAUUGCACUGCUGAUUUACUGAUUUCUAAUCAGAGCUGGUACAGUGGGAAUGUGGCACAGCUUUUGCAGAAGUCUGUUUUGUAUAUUGAACCUGUGGAUCCGUCUAUGUGGGUUGGCAGUCUGAGAAAAUGUGGGGAUGCCAUUCUGCCUUGCCUACAGAAUCAUUUAUUAAUACUGGGCCUCCUUGUGUUUGACGUGACUGUCCAUCGGCACCAGCUCUACCAUCGUCUCCAUUUAAACUUCAAACCUCCUCCCAAAGGCACUAUUUUCAACAAUGUAACAUGGCAGCACCUGGAUCAUGGCAUCCUGCCCUGCCUCAAAUACUUCUGCAAUUAUUUCUUCUACAAGUUUGGCCUUGAGGUAUCAUUUGUAGUGGCAGUGAAUGUGAUUGGCCAGCGGAUGGAUUUCUUUGCCCUUCUGCACUGUUUUGCACUGAUCACAGUUUUGGGACGUCGUCGCAGGAAGGCUAUUGGUGAAGUCUGGCCUAGAUACUGCUGCUUUACUGCCAGCCUAAUGGUGUUCCAGUAUUUGCUCUGUAUCGGAGUGCCUCCUGCACUCUGUACUGAUUAUCCUUGGAGGAAAGGCUCUAAGGCUCUCAGUUCCAAUCAGAUCAAGUGGUUGUAUUUGCCAGAUUUUGCCAUGCAGCCUAACCCCACUUUCAUAUUUUAUGACUUCUUGCUGUUGAUGGUAGCGUCUCUGCAGUGGCAGGUGUUUGAAGAAGAGAAUAAGGCUUCUGUGAGACUCGUGGCAGGGGAAAAUGUGGAGAUCAGUAGAAACCUAGACCCUCGCUCUCUUAACCAGUACACAACAGUUGGCAAUUUUCUGCACUGCCGGUCAUAUCUUGACAUGGCAAAGGUCUUUGUAUUCAGUUACUUCUUCUGGUUGGUUUUAUGCUUGGUUUUCAUCACUGGCACCACACGUAUCAACAUAUUCUGCCUGGGCUAUCUGGUGGCCUGCUUCUAUUUCAUGCUUUUUGGAGACACGGUGCUGCUGCAGCCUGUACGCUACAUACUCAGACUGUGGGACUGCCUUAUUGCCUACACCUGUGUGGUGAUUUGCCUGAAGAACUUUAUCUCUCUGGGAUCCUGUGCUUACCUGGACAGACUUUUAAAGAAAGCCUGUUGGCUCAUUCAGGCAUUCAGUAUGUUCUGUACUAUCAAAGGCUAUGAUGUGCCUAAACCUAGUGAUGACUGUGAGCUGCCAGUGGGAGAGGCCGGUAUUGUGUGGGAUGCAGUUUGUUUUACUGUGCUACUGGCUCAAAGGAGAAUAUUUCUCAGUUACUACUUCUUGUAUGUUGUAUCUGAUCUUAAAGCCUCUAAGAUCCUUGCCUCGAGGGGUGCUGAACUAUUUGAAGCCAAGGUAAAGAAACGUGUGGCAGCUAGACUGGAGUUGGAGAAGAAAUCUGUGGAACUGCUGAAAAAACAGAUGGAGAAAAUCAAGGUAAAACAAAAGAAUCAACCAGAAGAGGCUGUCACAACACUGGACACAAAAGGGCCUGAACAAAAAACCAGUGCAGAGCAAAAAGUCUGGGACUCCUGUGGAUAUCGCCUCUUUGAAAGUGACAGUGAGGAAGAGGAGGGUGAAGUGGAUACCAAGACAGAGGAAGAAUCUGUGCCAAAGAAGAAAUCUGCCCUUCAGUUGGCUUAUGAGGCCUGGGUAGCAGGGUCCACGGCUGCUCUCAAAUCCCAUAAGAGGGAGGAAAUUCAAUUAAAGAGAGAAGAGGAGAGAGUAAAGAAGGAGCUGUGCGAAGAACAGGGCACAGAAAGCUUUGAGUCAGGUGAGGAUGAGUUGAAAGACUCCUGUCCUGAGGCAGAGGAGGGAGAGAAAGCUAAAAUAUAUGAGCGGAUUAUUGACUGUCUGAAGUUUAGCUUGGUCUUCUUCCGGUCCCUUAUUGAUGAUAUGACAGCAGGUUUGAAUUCAUUCUGUAAGGACAAUUUGGACAUCUCAAAGGUGCUGCGCUUGGAAAGGGCACUGCUGAGCCAGCAACAGAACAAGGGUAGAGAUGUGUCCCAUGAAAGUAUUCAUGAAUUUUACCAGAACUGCCUCUCAAGACAGAGCACACAGACACUGUUGGAUGAAGAGAUAAAUAUACGUGGCAACUCACCACCACCACUGCCUAUCACUCCUCGUGGCUAUGCCCAACUAAGGAGUGCCAACUCCAAACUCUCCUGGAAUAGCAGUCUAUCCAGCUGUCAGACCGAUGAGACCAUGCUAAUGUCACGCCAGCCAACUCUCAACGAUGACAUUGAUGAUGAUGCCCCCUGUUUAGCAUCACCCAAACCUGAGCAAUUCCAUUCUCAACUAUCUACUGAACAGCGACGUCGGAAACUUUGCAAAUCAGCCAACAUAGACAUGGUCUCAUUCGAACAAGGGAGUCUUCUACUGGACCAUGAAGAACCAUCUGCUAUAAGGAAAGAGGAUAAAGAAGCAGAAGACAAAAUGAAUAGUGAAUGGGAGAAUGGAGAAGUGGAUGAGAAGGGAAAAUGGGGGGAAAAGCAAGAAGAUGAGCAGUUUAAAAAGAAAUAUGAAAUGCUUAAGUCAGCAUCACUGGACUCAGUGGACAUGGAGGUGAAGAGCGAGAGUAUCUCAGAACCUCAAGUCCUUACUCAGGAGACCAGAGCCCUUACUGCCAGUGAACUGCUGCUUAACAACUGUGAAGAACCAUCCGCUAUAAGGGAAGAGGAUAAAGAAGCAGAAGACAAAAUGAAUAGUGAAUGGGAGGAUGGAGAAGAGGAUGAGAAAGGAAAAUGGGGGGAAAAGCAAGAAGAUGAGCAGUUUACAAAGAAAUAUGAAAUGCUUAAGUCAGCAUCACUGGACUCACUGGACAUGGAGGUGAAGAGCGAGAGUAUCUCAGAACCUCAACCACUUACUCAGGAGACCAGAGCCCUUACUGCCAGUGAACUGCUGCUUAACAAUAUGUUCCAGAUCCCAGAAAUUGAUGAGUCGGAUAAGUUCUACUACUCAUUACCACGACUCCUGCAGCUCAUCUUUGCCCUCUAUAACACCAUGGUCUCCCAGUCAGAGAUGCUGUGCUACUUCGUCAUCAUUCUAAACCAUAUAGUGUCUGCCUCGCUGCUCACGCUCUUCCUCCCCAUCCUCAUAUUCCUCUGGGCUAUGCUCUCAGUUCCUCGGCCCACUAAGCGAUUCUGGAUGACUGCUAUCAUCUACACUGAGCUUACAGUGGUAGUGAAGUACUUCUUCCAGUUCGGCUUCUUUCCGUGGACUACCUCUGCAUAUCGUGGCAUUAAUGCUGAGCGGCCGUUUGCUCUGCCAAACAUCAUAGGAGUGGAAAAGAAAGACGGAUAUGUUCUGUUCGAUCUUAUUCAGCUACUUGCUCUUUUCUUCCAUCGUUCUAUCCUCAAGUGUCAUGGCCUCUGGGACAACAAAGAGGUGGAGAUGCCUGAUUUCCUUAAGAAGCUGAAAAGGAAAGCAGAAAAAAACAGGCUAAAUGGAGGGGCAAGAGGAGAAAAAGAACAUACAAAAAGACGACUUGGUUUCUUUCCUCUUCAGACCUCCACUGCUAAGCUCUUUUGCAGACAAAAAAGAAAAGACAACUCUGAAAGCCAUGAUGUUAGGCAUUUGAAGGAAAAUCACCCAAAGAAGAAGAAACGCCACUCCAGAGUGCCUUUAUCCAGGAAAGAGCAGAUCAGGAAGCUAGUCAGAGAGAGAAUGCUGGAAGCUAAGGCUGCUAUCAUAGAAGUUGCGCUACAUGUGUACUUACCCAUCAGGCAGUUUUUCUAUGACAUCAUCCAUCCCGAGUACAGCCCUGUGUGCGAUGUAUAUGCUCUGAUGUUCUUGAUCGAUGUUGUAAACUUUAUCAUUAUUAUCUUCGGCUACUGGGCUUUUGGGAAACAUACAGCAGCAGCUGACAUCACUGAAUCCUUGUCAGAAGACCAAGUACCUGAAGCCUUCCUUGUCAUGCUUCUCAUCCAGUUUGCCACUAUGGUUGUUGACCGGGCUCUCUACCUGAGGAAAACCUUGCUAGGAAAGUGUGUGUUCCAGGUGGUUUUAGUUUUUGGAAUACACUUCUGGAUGUUCUUCAUACUGCCUGGGGUCACUGAGAGGAGGUUUAACAGAAACCAUGUUGCACAGCUAUGGUACUUUGUGAAGUGCAUCUACUUUGGUUUGUCGGCAUAUCAGAUCAAAUGCGGCUACCCAAAUCGAGUCCUGGGCAAUUUCCUCACUAAGAACUACAAUUACAUCAACCUCUUUCUCUUCCAGGGCUUCCGAAUGGUUCCUUUUUUGACUGAACUGCGGGCUGUGAUGGACUGGGUAUGGACAGAUACCACUCUCAGCUUGUCUAGCUGGAUUUGUGUGGAGGACAUUUAUGCCAAUAUAUUCAUUCUCAAGUGCUGGAGGGAGUCUGAGAAGAAAUAUCCUCACAUUCCCGGACAGAAAAAAAGCAAAGUGGUGAAAUAUGGUAUGGGUGGUGUGAUCAUUUUUUCCCUUAUCUGCAUUGUCUGGUUUCCCCUUCUCUUCAUGUCACUGGUCAAAUCAGUGGCUGGAGUAACCAAUCAACCAUUAGACGUUUCUAUCCAACUUAGCAUAUCAGGAUACGAGCCUUUGUUUACCAUGAGUGCCCAAGAACAGAAUCUAGUGCCUUUUUCUGAAGCUGCAUACCAAAAAAUGACAAAUGUUUACGCUACUUACCCGUCUGCAAUGCAGUUCAUAGUAAACUACAUGGCAGAGGACAUAGUAACAGCAAAGGUUAAAAGUGACGCCAGCUUGCUGUGGAGCAUCAGUCCAGCUAGCCAAGAAGCCAUGAUCCAUGAACUCAGCAAUUCUUCACACAUUUACAUUACCAUGCGCUGGACCAUACUGAGAAAUGCAUCCCUUGUGAUGAAUGCAGAGACGAUAGGUGAACACACUGUGAAGUACGAGGACAAAGAGCUGCAAAAUAACCUUGUGCAAAUGCUCAAAGGGACACGCACCAAACCAGUGAUCAUUGAAAACCUGAUGCCUAAAUAUAUCAGAGGACCCUCAGGACCAGAAGCAAAAAUGGCACAUCGACUUAUUGUUGAACAUUCUGUUCGCCAUGAUGACCAUCAUUUGGUCUUCUUCCGUCCCCUGUCCAUCAAACUGACACACGCCAAUAAUAGCACAGAGGGAAGUAGGGCUUACUGGUGGGUGGUGGAGGAGUGCAGUCCAGAUCAUCCAAUAACCAGAUGCCAGAAUAUUGAAAUAGUGGUCUUCAAUGAUAAAGUCAGUCCAUCCAGCCUGGGCUUCUUAGCCGGAUAUGGCAUCGUGGGUCUGUACAUGUCAGUGGUGCUGGUGAUUGGUAAGUUUGUGCGAGAGUUCUUUAAUGGAAUAUCUCGCUCCAUCAUGUUUGAGGAACUACCAAAUGUGGACCGUGUGCUGAAACUGUGCACCGACAUCUUCGUCGUCCGGGAGACUGGUGAGAUGGAACUGGAGGAGCAACUGUUUGAGAAACUCAUCUUCUUAUAUCGAUCACCCGAAACCAUGAUCAAAAUGACCAGGGAAAAGAAGACAGACUAACAUUUCUUAGUUCACUUUUUAAAAGCUUACUGUGCAUUUUUUUAAAAUAUCAUACCACCAUAUUAAUAGUGUUGUUCUUCUUCCCUAAUUAAGUGCUGCCUAUUUAAAUACUUCCUAAACAGAGUUCUCAGACCUUAUCUGCCCAAUACUAUGUAUUAUCAGUCUUUACGCUUUGAGCAUGAAAUUCUUUAUACUUCUUCUUUCUACUUUCUACUGCAUAUAUGACAUAUAAUGGCCUGUAUGAAAAAACAUCCAGGGUACAGCAGGGCUUAAAGGUUUCUGGGGUGAAAACAAUAGAUAAUAAUAUGUACUUUCGGUUUGCUGCAGAACCUCAUGACUCCACAAAU